UCACAAAGCAGGCAGACCUGCCCAUAGAACCCACAGCCUUCCCUCGAUUUGUCUUCUUGCUCCUCCCUGCUGGGGCUGCAGGGCUUCUCGUGCACAUGCUGUAGUGAGCACCGCCUUGUCCAAAGGCUGAGCUGAAACCUGAGAAGUCAGGGCACAAGCCAAGGAGCUACGGGGGCAGCGGGCCACAGAAAAAACUAGUGAUCCCAGGGGUUGUGGAUUUCGAGCGGAUCCGCCAGGCAUUGAGGACCCCCAAGCCCCAAACCCCUGGCACCUACCGCUUUGGACGCCUCAGUCACAACUUCUUCUUCUCCCGGCACCACCCACACCCCCAGCGUGUGACCCACAUCCAAGGUGGUCACAGAAGACAUGGCAAUUAACAUGACAUUUGAGCAAAGAACUACAUAGGAACUGUGCACACAGCAUGGGGAAGGAUGUCUCAGGCAGAUAGAUCAGCAAAUACAAAGGCCGGAAGGCAAGAGUGCUCCCACUCUGUUGGAGGAGCAGCAAGGAAGCGGAAGCUGGUCUCGUUGGAGAAAGCCUCUAACCCUCUGCAGAUUUCACCGGGAAGCCUGUCUGUGUCAUCAGGGACAAAUUCUCUCCAGCCAUCUUGCCUGAGUCCACUGUCUUUUCCGGCUGUCAGAUGGGGAUGCCCACCAUCUCUGUCCCCAUUGGAGACCCACAGGCUAACCAGAACCCCCGGCUUUCUUCUGUUGGCAGGACCUUGUCUUCUCCCAGAAGCCUGGAAGAGAGAGUUGAAGGAGCUGGCUUCCCACGUGGCCUUCUUCACCAAAGAGGAUGAGCUGAAGAAGAAAGAGAAGGAGGAGCCUCCGCGGGAGCACGGGGCAAAGUACUCAGCGGAGACUGGGAGGCUCAUUCCCGCUUCCACCCGGGCUGUCAGCCGCCACAGCUCCCACCAGAGCCAGGGGAGCCAGUCUUCGAGCAGAGAUGAAGGAGUCAGAGCCUUCCUCCUGCAGGAUCAGGAGCUGCUGGUCCUGGAGCUCCUGUGUCAGAUCCUGGAAACAGACUCACUGAGCGCGAUACAGUUCUGGCUGCUCUACGCUCCGCCCAAGGGUGAGGACACAGCCCGGCAGCACUGUCUCAGCGGAGGCUCCCAAGAAAAAGACCUGGCUCUGGGACUCCUGCAGACAGCGGUGGCUCAGCUCCUUCCACAGCCCCUAGUCUCCAUCCCUACAGAAAAGCUCCUAAACCAGCUCCAAGAAAUGCAGGAACCUCCUCAAGAGAAGCAAGAGCUGCCCUGCAGUCAAUCCCCGAAGAAAACGAAAAUACCACCUUUUUCAAAAAGUGAAAAACCAGGUAGUGGCCCUGCCUUGCCAGUCCUCUCCUGCCUGCUGCCUCUCCCCUCACUAGAGUACAUUGGAGAAGCUCAAGUCCUCCGGAUGCAUUCAAGCCAGAACACAGAGGAGAAGACAUCCAAGCCGAGGGCAGAGAGAAGACGUCCAAGCCGAGGGCAGAGAGCUGAGGAGCCCUAACACCUGCCCCGGCCUUGCCCAGGAGCAGCCCCAAGCGUUCAGGGGUGUUUCUGUCCUCACCACCUUCACAGCAGCACCUGAUCCCCUACUGUGAAAAGCCUACUAAAUAAAACCCUGUCUUCCCUGGGAGAGGGCAGUUCCACUUUCCUAGCAGUGGGAGGCCUGUGCUUGGGGUCACUGAUUCCAGGAGAGAGAUGGGCUGCACGGAGCCAUCCCCACUCCCCACUCCCAUGGGAAAGCCCAAGUGCUACCUCCAUGGGGCUUCCCUGGUUCUUUUAUGUUCUGGGGAACUGAAGAGCUGAUGGCAGUUGGGGCAUCCUGAGAAAGGGACUCUGCCCCUCCUAGAGCCAAGACACACAGAACUCUGAGUAGGGUAGAGCAGACGUCAGAGACCAUGCAGGCCUCCUUAGAAUACUCACUAUUGCCAAUUAUUGAGUUUCUACUUUUUGUGUGUGCUGGCCACAGAGGCAGGACUCAGGUAAAAGCUGGUGAUGAGCACAAUGAUGAACAAUGUGAAUUGCUUCAUGUGCUUUAUACGCGGUACAUACCUACACGCAUGCAGAUGAAACAACUUGUCCAAAGUCCUACAGUCAAAGAGUGGCAGAGCCAGGACCCACAGCCUGGAUGUCUGGCUCCAGAACCCUGCUCCUAAAAACUGUAUUCUGGCCAGGUGUAGUGGCUCAGGCCUGUAACCCCAGCACUUUGGGAGGCUAAGGCAGGUGGAUCACUGCUGAGGUCUGGAGUUCAAGACAAGCCUGGCCAACAUGGUGAAACCCCAUCUCUACUAAAAAUACAAAAUUAGCCAGGCAUGAUGGUGGAUGCCUGUAAUCACAGCUACUCAGGAGGCCGAGGCAGGAGAAUUGCUUGAACCUGGGUAGCAAAGGUUGCAGUGAGCCAAGAUCGUGCUAGUGCACUCCAGCAUGGGCAACAGAGUGAGACUCUAUCUCAGAAUUUAAAACAAACAAACAAACAAACAAACAAAAAAAAAACUGCAUUCUACUUCCUUACAGCCACUCUAGCCAAAAGCUGUGGUUACAUUUCUGAAAAGUGUAAGAUCUAGAGAAGACUCUCUGGGAAGUCCAAUGUCUUCCAUGACAUUUCUGCAAAUUCCCUGGAAAACUGGGGUGGGGAGGAGGCAUCAGGGAUUUAUAAGGUCAUGGCCCCUGUGGCUCUGCGCUGCUAUUUUACCGGCUUAGUCAAUGAAGUAAGUGGACUUAGUUCCAUGGUCUGUGGCUCCAUGCUGUACUUGCAACACCACUCUACCUCACACUCAUUCAGAUGAAUUCAGUCCACCUGGGUUUUCCCAAAUACCCCAUUCAUGCAAAACUAUUCUGUGCUACAGGCUUCAAUCGAGAUUAGUGGAUGGAUGGAGAUUUGCUAUUAAUCAAGUAAACAGCUUCACAUUCCACACUGAGCCACCUUGUUUUUAAAGCCCCGUGCCCAUCUUCCACUGUGGUUUGUCUCCCCAGCAGCAGCAUGUGUAACACGAUGCAGCCAUGUUCAGGAAAGUCUCCAGGCCCUGCUCCUCAAGGUGCUACCUGUCCUCUUGCGUAUCCAGGUGAUUUCUCAUGGGUGUCAGGAUGCCAUGGCCACUUCCUGGUCACUCCCAAGUUUUCUCUGUCUCCAGGACCUGGAAGUUCUCUUCUCCCUUUCCCCUGCUCCUCUCCUUAAAGCAUUGAGACAGAUUUUCCCUUUCAUCUUUUCCCUUAAGGGUCUAGGUCCUUCUUGGGAGGACCCAGUCUCCUUAACCAUGGAGGUAGCCAUUGUUUUUGGCUGUCCAGGAAUGUGAAACCUAGCACUGUCCAACCAGAGACCCCAUCCCUUGGCACAGUGUGUCAGCCUCGUUGUCUAGGGUAAUACCUGAGGUUUGUUGUCUCACAGCCAAGAAAAUUAAAGAUGCAGGCACACAAAGAGUCAGGUUAAGAGUGGAAGUUUUAACAGGUGAAAGAGAAGAGCUCUCUCUGAAGAGAGAAGUCUCAGAGAAAUAAGUUGCUGGUUCCAUGGGAGUUUUAUAGAUGAGCUUGAGGAGGUAGUGUCUUAUGUACAUAGGGUGGGAAUCAGUUGGACCAGAUGUGCCUUUUGCAUAGGCCACAAAAAACUGGUUAGGACUUAGUUGUGCCAUUUGCAUAGGGUGGGAAUUUCUGACCACCCUCACCCUAGUCUUUUAUUAUGCAGGCAGGUCCUCUGUAUACGUGGUAACAAUAAAAGUGAAGAUGGAACCUCCAUGUUGGGCAUGGCUGGCUCCCAGGUGGCCCUUUUCUAUUGGCACAACAUUCCCCUGUGCAAGCUUCUAGCCUCCUUAUUUAUGCUUGCAGCUCGAUUUUGCAGGCUCUCUUUGUUAAAAAAAAAAAAAAAUUUCUUGGGCUGCUUUUUGUUUAAAGGAAAGCUCUACCAAGGACUCUCUAACCCUCACUAUGUGUCUAAAUAAUUUCUUUCUACCUCCUAUAUCAAUAGGACUGGUCAGGGAUAGGACAAACAUUUAACCCAAGCUGGGCCAAUCACAGUCUGUCCUUGGAAAUUUAUUUUUGUGGGGGAAGGAAGGUUCAAUUUUCAGAGGAUUCCAUCAUUGUUCUAUGUGGACGAAGUCCUGGGUACAGUCACACCUGAGGCUCCUGAUUCUUCCCCACCAUUUGCCAUAUGUGAGGCAAUAAAAU